AUGCUGAACAAGUUUUCUAUCAUAGGCGUUCCUCCAUUUACCAGGAAGCCUCAAGGUUGUCUGCAAGCAGAAUCAACGUCCGAAAACAUGCCUCCAUCUGACAUAGAAGCAAUCACUUCUGUUCUACACGCCUACGGAACGGCUCUGAAAGAACGAAAUGCCAAGGAAACAGUCGAACUCUACACCAGCGAUGGCGUCAUAAUGCCUCCCCACUUUAGCGCCAGCGCAGGAACCCAAGCUCUCAGCGAGACCUACGAACGCAUCUUCAACAGCAUCCAACUGACAAUCACCUUUGACAUCGAUGAGAUUGUUUUGAUGUCGCCGGAAUGGGCCUUCGCAAGGACAACAGCGGAGGGCACAAAAACUAUGCUGCAGACUCAAGCUUCAGAACCUCAUUCCAACCAAGAGUUGUUUAUUCUGAAGAAGCAGGAUGGAAGCUGGAAGAUUGCGCGAUAUGCCUUUUCCACUAUGAAACCGCUUGUACAGAAUGGAAUUCGACGUAGCUAA